AUAUAUUUUAGAAAAAUGGGUGAACAGAUGGAAGUAGAGUCCGCUGCGAAGGAAAAUGGUAAUUCCGAGGUCGAACUUACUGAAACAGAGAAUGAGCUUUAUGAUCGUCAGAUACGUUUGUGGGGAUUAGAGUCACAGAAACGCUUACGUACAGCAAAAGUAUUAAUUUCCGGCUUAAAUGGUAUGGGUGCUGAAGUAACCAAAAAUAUCAUCCUAUCUGGUGUCCACGCCGUUAAACUGAAUGAUUCCAAAAUUGUAACCGAAGAAGACUUUUGCUCGCAGUUUUUGUUGCCCCGAACAGCCUUGGGCUGUAAUAGGGCAGAAGCCUCAAUUGAGAGGUCAAAAGCCUUGAAUCCCAUGGUGGAAAUAUCGGCAGAUAUACAACCUUUAUCAGAGAAGAAUGAAGAUUUUUUUUGUGGGUUUGAUGUGGUUGUUGUAAUAGGAGCCUCCAACAAUGAACUUUUGCGCAUUGAUGAUAUCUGUCGCAGAAAUGAUAUUAAAUUUUUCGCUGGAGACGUUUGGGGUAUGUUUGGAUAUAUUUUUGCUGACUUAAAGGAGCAUAAAUUUGUUGAAGACGUUGUUAAACACAAAAUCAUUUCAAAGCCAAAUGAAAAAACUAAAACAGAAUUGAUAACUACAACUGUACAGAAAGAGUUAUCUUUUCCAUCAUACCAAGCUUUUGUAGACUUUGACAUGAAAAAUCCAGCAUUUCAAAAAAACUUGAAGCGAAAAGGUCCUGCCUUUGUGCUGCUGCGUGUAUUGCAAAAAUUUCGUGAAUCUUUUUGUCGCGAUCCUUCCUAUAAAUCUAGAGAAGAGGACUUGAAACACUUGGAAAGCUUACGGGAUGAAUUUAAUAUAUCCGGAAUGAUAAUGGCUAAUAAUUAUUUGGAGUAUAUUUUUGCCCAAAUUUCUCCAGCAGCUGCUGUGGUGGGUGGCGUUAUGGCACAGGAAAUAAUAAAGACAAUCACAAAAAAGGAGUCGCCAAACCUCAAUUUAUUUCUAUUUGAUCCACAGACCUGUUGUGGAUUUAUUGAAACAAUAGGCGUUUAUUAGCGCUAAAGAAAUACAUAUAAUACUUUUAAAUACUUAUGGCAAAAUUUUGAAAUAUGCCCUUCUGGAGUUUAAAUGGAGAAUAAAAAAUACAAAAAAAAAUACAUUUAAA